AAGUAAGUCAAAACGCUCUCUUCUUUUGUAACACGUGACUUGGCUGUUUGUUCUGAUUUCUAGUUUUAUUUUAGAACUUAAUUUCACAAAGAAAUAGGAAGAAACCAAUGGCGUCAUCAUCAGGAGCCAGUAAGUCCAAAAGAGAAGACAAAAAUGAUUUGAUAGAUAUUGAUGAUAUAUCCAAUGGCACUAAAGGAUUCAUUGACAAGGUAUUAGGAGACGUAGGAAAAUCUUCUGCUGUAAAACAACUUCUACUUGGAAGCAUCUCUGGAUGGUGCACAGGUUUCAUUACUAUGAAAGUCGGAAAACUAAUUGCCGUUGUUGUUGGAGGAAGCAUAAUACUCUUGCAAGUUGCAAACCAUCAAGGCUACAUCAAAGUGGACUGGGAUAAAGUACACAAACAAGUUGAGAAGGUUGAGGAUAAAGCUACUGGACACAGCCCCAAGUGGAUGGAAAAGGUGGAACGCUAUGUUGAUCACAAGUUGGACAAAGCAGAGGAUACCUUGAAGAGGAGUGAGCGCAAAGCUAAACGUUGGUACCAUACUUUCAUCAAUGGUGAGAAACCAUACCAAGUAAAGGAAAUUCAUAUUUUCCUGGCGGCAUUUAGUGCUGGGGUAGCAAUUGGCAUUGCUUCUGGUUAGUGAACUGGUGGCUUGUGUAUUAUAUUACAUUAGAAUGUGUUGUUUAUAUAGCUUAUAAUUAUUUUCCAGUAUAUGUCAUUAUUCUAAUUUACUAACUAGACACUAGUAGGUAGUGGUGGAGACAGUACUGAGAGGCAUUGUUCAAAACGACAAAGAUGAAAUUGAUGAGAACCAGAUGAUCCAAGAAAUGAACAUUUUCACUUUAUCACAGUGUAUACACAUUCCUUGCAUCGUAUUAUCUGCCCGAAGUCCUUUCCAGCAGAAAAGAUGGAUUUCAAAACCUUUUGUAAAACUGAUUACAGGUUUUUAUGGUACAGUGCUGAGUAAGUCACAUCAGCACAAGAAAUUAGUCACACUGAAUAUACCUGAUACUAUUAUGAUUUAAAAGUUUGAUAAACCAUUAUAAUUUUCACAAGUUUCUCUUUCAGUAUGGUAGGUCAUAGAAAGUGCGAAGUUUGAUCUGUUAUUUACAGAUUUGUGGAUGGCAAAUAAUUUUAAUAAUCAUGCAAGUCUGACUUUUGAAACUGAAUGGUGCAUUGUGAAUUUUUCCAAAUGCCUCUCCUAUCCCCCAUUUCUGACAGUGUCAAAAUGUAGGAACAGAAAUAUCAGACUGUGGUUCAGAGUAUACAUUAGGCUGCAAGUGUGUUCUAAUAGCUGUUAUGUUCUCCAGACCAUUAUUGACAGUAAACAUAACUUCAGCUUAUAUGUAAGUAUGCCGAUAAAGGCCAAGAAGGUACAGCCAUAAAGAAACAAACAAGUGCAGUUUGAUUAUAAAGCAUAAUAUUUUUGGCUUCAGUAUGUUCAAUUUGAAGACAUACAGCAUAUGAAUUUUCCUUGCUUUUUUAUUUUAAAAAUGUACGCAUGACAAAUAAUAGUUGCAACAAAAAGUUUUUGAACUGACCCUUAAUUAACAGAAGCACAUGUUUACUGCAGAUGUUGCUAGGCUGCAGUGUAAAGCAGGUCAGUGAUCUGCAUAUUACUACUACUACUACUAAUAAUAAUCUUUGGCACUACAGGCCCCUUUGCAGACACACAGUAUUAAAAUGCAACUUUUAUAGCCACAAAGCACAGUGAAUUUUUAACAACUUCCUAACUGGAGAUCUCUGGUGUAGUACAUAUAUUUAUAAUUUAGUGGGUUAAGGACGCAUUUAGACUGAUUUAAUAAUGUAAGAUAAAGUGUAGUGAGUUUUAUUUCGAUCAUUGGUGGUGCCCAAAUUCAUGCCAAAAAGGCAUGUUUUAUCAUAUAACUGAUGCAGAAUGGUUACAACGGAUAACACUGUAAUCUAGUAGCAUGCAUGUAAUAUAGUCACCAUCUUGUUGCAGUCAUCAUUCCCAGCGAUCAGUGGUUUGUCAGACAAAAGAAGGGGAUGACACAACACUCACAAUUCAUGGCUACUAAAGACUGCAUUGUACUGUUAACUGUAACUCUUACAAUUUCUAAGAUUGUUUUUGUUUUUAAAACAUACCCCUCCAUAACAGAUGAAAAACAUGUCGGCAUACACAGCAUGUGAACUGGAGGAUUUCAUUGAGUAGUUAUCAAAAUGAAUUUAAUAUUAUUAAUCAGUUCAAGAAAUUAAAAUAAUGAACAUAAAUAUUAGAUGUUUAAUUCUGGUGGGAGAUUUAUUAAGAACAAGUCUGAUAUGAGUGGUGUGAUUAUGUUGAAUUCCAUCAAGUGUGGCAUCCUUCCUUAUUUAGAGCACUGAUUGUUUUGUUAACUGUGUUCUUCAACAAGUUUCUGUACUAAAAUGUAUCAUAAAUCUGUAUUUCUCCUAUAUCUGGCACAACUAGUAUAAAGUUAACAUGUGAAAGUGUACCCAGGUAAUUUAUUUUUAAUGUAAAUUGUAAUUUGUUAAAAUGUAAAACUGUUCUUGAAAGUGGUGACUCCACUGUUGUAUUCUUUCUAGAAAGAAUAUGUAAUAAAAUGUUACUUUUCACAA